CCGCCAGCUCGCUCAGUUCCACUAGCUCCCCCGCAACGCCGGCGACCUCGCGUAGCUCAAGCACACCGCGCCGCCGCGCAGCUCCACCGCAACCCCGCGCGGAUCCACCUCUACCCCGUGCAGCUCCACCGCUCCCCCGCGCAGCUCCCCCGCUCCCCUUUCCCGCAUCCCUAAAUUUCCAAGCUUUCCCCCAUCCCCUUCCGGAAAAUCAGCGCUUGCUGCCCGUCGAUUCUCCACUACCACCACCAAUCCCGGCCACCGUCGAGAGGGGAGAGCAGGAGGAGGAAAAGGUCACUGGCGUCGGCAAGAUAGGGAAGAGCAGGAGGAGAAAAAGGGACCAGACGAGUGGCAGCGGGUGGUGGCGAUGCACGGCACGGUCACUGGAGAGGCGUCUGCGGCGGAGCUCGUCGGCGUCGCGUAUGCCAGGGCGUCGAAGCCGACCAACGCGUUCGCCGCCUCGUCUCCUGGAGCGGGCGGCCACAACUACAAGGGCGCCUCCGCGUCCGCCGUGCUGGCCCGCCUAGCCGGCGGCAACAGGUGGCACCAGGACGACGACGGCGGUAAAAUGGAUGAAUUACAGGAGGUUAGCCGUCCACAUCCCUGUGCCUCUGUUGGUGAACAUCGUGGAGUAAUGUUGUUAAGUUAUCUGCUGCUGUUUGUUGUCCUGUUAAUUUCAGAAAGAAUUCCAAUCCAUCAUGGUGUGCGCAUGCAGUUAAUUGAUCUCCACACAAGCAUGGCCAUCCACCAACAUGCAAAACAAGUUCAAGACCAAAAAUAUGUGUUUCUUGCUGUUUACUCAACUGAACCAGAUUUGGGUAUUCAAGUUCCAAGGUUUCUGCUAACAGCAUACAGAUUAAAUUAAAAAGCUGGAUUCAUCUAAAUCAUGGACAGUUCAAAACCAAUUAUUUCCAAACCAAUUAUUUCUAGCUUGCUCCCUCCACCCCCCCGGAUAUCUACUGAUUUUUAUUCAAUUAACACUAAUCAUAUUCAGUUAACAGGAGCAGAGCAGUUCUUCCUGACGAACAGGAGUAGAGCAGCAACUCCCGUACACUGAUCAUAUUCAGCACAGGGAGCAGAGGAGCAACUCCUUACGGUACCUUCUUCCUCUUGACGAGCAGGAGCUCUGGCGGCAGCACGGGCAGACGAGCAGCAGCAGCACCGGCAGUAGGGGAGAAGCAGCCGCACGGGCGCGCGGGCAGGGGAGAAGCAGCCGCACGGGCUCGCGCGGAAGAUUGAGGAGGGCGCGCGGGCAGGGGAGAAGGAGGACGCGCGCGAGCUCCUGGUCCACCGGAUCGUGGAGGCAAUUUCCGGCAACGCCCGUAGGGGAUUGCGGCCGGGAUGAAUUGCGGCGGCGCACGCGCGGGAGCUCGAGGACGAUGCACUGGAGCUUGAGGAGGAUGCGCUGGAGCUUGAGGAGGAUGCGCGGGAGUUCGAGGUGGACGCCCGCGAG